AUGCCGUUGGUGGGUGAUGCUAAUGGACUCAACAGGACAACCAACAACAUUCAAGGCUCAAUGCCAAACCCUUCUCAAAUCCAGGAUAACAUUGGCAACAAGGCCCCUACUUUACGCACCAAUCAUUCAACCCCAAUCCUUCGCUCCAAGUCCUCGUUAGCCCCAUUUCGCGAACAUGAGCUCUACAUGCCCAUAGCAAAUGUGGUCCGGAUCAUGAGGCGGGCCCUACCCCCACACGCAAAGGUGGCGGACGAGGCCAAGGAGAUGCUACAGGAAUGUGUCUCUGAGUUCAUUAGCUUCAUCACCAGUGAAGCUAAUGAGACUUGUCAACUCGAGCAUCGCAAGACCAUAACAGCUGAAGAUCUUAUAGGGGCAAUGUCCAGGCUCGGGUUUGAUCACUAUGUUCAGCCACUUUCGAUAUAUCUCCAAAAAUACCGUGAGAGCGAGAUGCUUCCCCUGAUCCCUAGGCGUGGUGUCGGGAACAUAGGCACUGAGGCUACUUUAGUUACUCCUACAACUAAUGUUUUGCCUCCUUUUGCUGUGGUUCAUCCUCAAUUUGCUAUGUUUAGUACUUCUGCCAAUAAUGGUGGGAACUACCAUGAUGGAUCAGGCACAAGUUCUGGCCCAAUUAGUAUGAGUCACCUGUACACUGCUACUGCCAGUGAAGGUAGUGGUCCAAGUUUGGCUCUCGGAAUCGGUGGUGAUCCAAGUAGCAGUGACAGUUUAGGUCCAUCUGGAUCUCCUCAGGCUGGGCUGGACUUCUAUAAUCCAUAUGGUCAUUACAAGUAAAAACUGUUGGAUGGUGGAGAA